AUGGAUGGAGUUGCUAUAGGUCGUGGCGCGGUGCUCAAGGCCAUGGUGGCAGAGCUGGUGGUAGAGCUGGAGGCCGAGCAGGCCGAGGUCAUGGUCGUGGACUUGUGGCAGAUUUGGGAGAGAGUGCAGCGCCGUGGCGACUGCGUCGGUGACCUAGUCAGUAUCCGUAGCAAUUGUGGGGUUACUGACGCAGUAGUUCCACAGGGUCCAGUACCAGAGAUGCAGCAGAGAGCUGCAGAGGUUGUUCAGCCGCAGGCUGCGGGUUUGGUUGUUCCGCCCUAUCUGGAGAUGAUGGGGCAGAUGCAGAUGAUUGGUACACCGUUCUUUGAGGGCGGAGUUGGUCACGAGGAGGCAGACGCGUGGCGUCAGAGACUAGAGCGGAAUUUUCAGUCGAUCUAG